CCGAGAGGACUAACAAACUUUCCAGUAAGCAUCUCCCACCCGCAGCGCCUUCCGAUCGCUACUCUCUGAUUGGCUGUAGUGAGUUCAGGCUGUCCAAUCACACUGGUGCGUCCUCAGCGCCGCACGGCGGCGACGUCGCCGCGCAUGCUCACUCGGGGCCCAGCCGUGGGCUUCUGCCCUCCCGAGUGUUGUAGGAGGCCGGUGCCAAGCGGCCCGUGAGAACCGGGCCUGGUAGUGGCUUAGGCCAAGGUCGCAAGGCCACACUGGGGGAUGGAAUCGCCAGGCAGGAGGGCGACCGGAAAAACAAACGUGGACAGCACAGCCUGGUUCUCCUCUGUUUCCCAAAGUGCAGCCCAUUCACUUCCAUUGUGCGGUUAAGACCCUGGACCACCCGAGCUGCAUUCUUCUUAAGUCUUGGCAGACCGGAAGAAGUGAAUGGAGCUAGUCUUGACAACAAAGAAAACUUUUCUCCCGUGCAGAAUAGACUGGGGACACCUUUGAGUCGUCCUGCACCCAACGUGACCUGGUUAGCGCCGACCUGAGCCUCCCUUUCUAACUCUAGCGCUCUCCUGCCCUGUGGUGACCGGAAGCGCGGAACUGACUUUCUACAAAGAACCUCUCCAACUAGUUUCCCCAGGUGUGCAACUCCGAAAAAAGUGACCCAAAGAGCACGAGGAAGUCUCCGGAGGGGAGACAAAAGUCUGCGCAGUCCGGGUGUAGUAAACCGUCUUCCGGCUCCCAAUCCCGGACCGCGUCUCUCCGGCCGCGGCUCUCCCGGGCGCCCAGCAGCCUUCCCAGCCCACACCAGGCCGGCCCCUGCGGCCGCUAGGAAAACGCGGCGAGCGGAACCCGCACGCGGAAGCGCCGGCCGCACGGAGCAUGCCCAGUUGUAGAGCCGACCAGAGGAGUUUUUUUUUUUCUUUUUUCUUUUUCUUUCUUUUCUUUUUCUUUUCUUUACUAAAAUAAAUCUCAACUAGAAGGCCUCUCCUCACCCCCACUCUAGUCCCCCCCCCCCCCCCAGCACCUCCGGCCUAAGCAGCUAACCAUGGCCGAAGUCCCCGGCGCGGCGUUGUCCCAGGCGGGUUGGUAUCUUUCAGAGGAAGGCAUUGAAGCUUGCACAAGUUCUCCUGACAAAAUCAAUGUAAAUGACAUCAUCCUGAUUGCUCUCAAUACAGAUCUGAGAACAAUUGGAAAGAAAUUCCUUCCCAGUGACAUCAAUGGUGGAAAGGUAGAAAAGCUUGAAGGUCCAUGUGUUUUACAAAUCCAAAAAAUUCGCAAUGUUGCUGCACCAAAGGAUAAUGAAGAAUCUCAGGCUGCACCAAGGAUGCUACGUUUGCAGAUGACUGAUGGUCAUACAAGUUGCACUGCAGUAGAAUUUAGUUAUAUGCCAAAAAUAAGUUUGAACACACCACCUGGAACUAAAAUUAAGCUCUCAGGAAUUGUUGACAUAAAAAAUGGAUUCCUGCUCUUGAAUGACUCCAACACCACAGUUCUUGGUGGGGAAGUAGAACACCUUAUUGACAAAUGGGAGUUACAAAGAAGCUUAUCAAAACACAAUAGAAGCAAUAUUGGAACUGAAGGUGGACCACCUCCUUUUGUGCCUUUUGGACAGAAGUGUGUAUCACAUACCCAGGUGGAUAGCCGAGAACUUGAUCGAAGAAAGACAUUGCAAGUUACGAUGCCUGUUAAGACUACAAAUGAUAAUGAUGAAUUUGAAAAGCAAAGGACUGCUGCCAUUGCAGAAGUUGCAAAGAGCAAAGAAACCAAGACAUUUGGAGGAGGUGGUGGUGGUGUCCGAGGUAAUCUCAAUAUGGGUUCCGUUGGGAACCGAAAUAGGGAAGUUUCACAGAAAGAAAAGUCAUCCAAAGCAGAGGGGAAACAUGAAGGAGUCUAUAGAGAACUGGUUGAUGAGAAGGCACUGAAGCACAUAACGGAAAUGGGCUUCAGUAAGGAAGCAUCCAGGCAAGCCCUUAUGGAUAAUGGCAACAACUUAGAAGCAGCACUGAAUGUACUUCUUAACAGCAAUAAACAGAAACCUGUUGUGGGUCCCCCUCCAAGAGGUAGAGGAAAAGGCAGGGGUCGAGGAAGAUCUGAAGAUGAAGACGACCUGGGGAAUGCAAGACCUUCAGCACCAAGCACAUUAUUUGACUUUUUGGAAUCUAAAAUGGGAACUUUGAAUGUGGAAGAACCUAAGUCACAGCUGCAACACGUUCAUCAGGGACAGUACAGAAUGUCAAAUACUGAGCAAAAUGGAGUGAAAGAUAAUAAUCAGCCAAGACACCUUCCUCGAAAUGAUACCAGACAGACAAGAAAUGAAAAACCUCCUCGUUUUCAAAGAGAUACACAAAACUUAAAAUCAGCUUUAGAAGGCAGUGGAUUACCUAGAAGUAGAGGUUCUGAGAGACUGAAUACUUCAACAGGAGCUGAAGUGUGGGCUGAAGAGAGAAUCAAGUGUGAUAGACCCUAUUCUAGAUAUGAAAGAACUAAAGAUACUUCAUACCCUUCAACAUCUCAGCACAGUGAUGGUGCUUUUAAAAAAAGAGAGAACUCUAUGCAAAGUAGACCAGGUAAAGCUCCAACAUAUGGAGAGGUGAAGGAAAAUCCACUUCCUCAAGAAUCUGUAGAUUAUAAUAACCAAAAACGUGGCAAAAGAGAAAACUACACAGGAAACCUAGAUCAUUUUUAUGACAGGAAGUCACGAACAAUAACUAACGAGGCUUUCAGUAAUGCAAAAAUGGAAAAACAUUUUAAAGUAAAUAUGAAUUAUCAACAUCCUGUCCGAAGUAAUUUCAUUGGUGUUCCAAAUGGAGAGACAGAAAUGCCGCUGAAAGGAAGACGAGUAGGACCCAUUAAGUCAGCAGGGCCUGCCACAGUUGAACCCUAUGAUGAUCAAAUAUUUUACAAUAGUGUGCCUAAAAGAAGGUCUGGGCCAAUUAAGCCAGAAAAAGUGCUAGAGUCAUCUAUCCCUAUGGAGUAUGCAAAAAUGUGGAAACCUGGAGAUGAAUGCUUUGCACUUUAUUGGGAAGACAACAAGUUUUACCGAGCAGAAGUUGAAGCCCUCCAUUCUUCGGGUAUGACGGCGGUUGUUAAAUUUAUUGAUUAUGGGAACUAUGAAGAGGUGCUACUAAGCAAUAUCAAGCCUAUUCAAACAGAGGCAUGGGAAGAAGAAGGCUCCUAUGACCAAACUCUUGAGUUCCGAAGAGGAGGUGAUGGCCAGCCAAGAAGAUCCACUAGGCCAACUCAGCAGUUUUACCAACCUCCCCGGGCUCGGAACUGAUAGGAAAGAUUCUUUAUGAAGAAAGGAGUCGUUGACUGAAACAUCCUUGUUAAGACCUGUUGGUAGACCUUCUACUUCCCUUCAGAAUAAGAUACAACCAUGAUGGAUAUUACUGUUUGAAGAAAGAAAAGCAGGUCUUAGGGGAGGGGGAAUUUCAAUCCACAUAAAGAAUGGAAAAAGAUACUGAGUUAAAUAAAGCAAAUACCUUUUACAAGUGAUAGGAAGAAUUUUUUUUCUUCUGACAUCAAUAAAACCAUUGUGCUAUUGCAUAUUGUUUCACUAUAUGUUUUAUUUGCCAAAUGUUAUUGUAUUUCUUGUUCAUCUGGUAACAACCCUGUGCUAAUUGCCCUCUACACACUACCAGUCAAAGCAUACAGGAAGAAACCUGUCUUUAUAAUUAUAAUAAUAAAUAGACUUCUAUAGCUUGCUACAUUUCUUAGCCAACAACCUGAAACCAGUCAUUAUGGUAGUAUCUACUAAAUGUGACAGAAAUGAAUAUUGAAAAUUGAUUGUUAUUUAUAGACCCCCUACUCCGGUAGCUUUUUCAGAUGUAAUUUAAUUCAAAAAGCAGGUAUUCUUCCUUUUAAACAUGCAGUGAGUCUUAUUUGGUCGCAAAUAACAGGAAAUCAUCUGAAGCCCUUUAAACAUUAAAAUGAAGUUAUUGACCCACUUCAUUACCUGAAAUGCAGUUUGAAGAUCGGUUAAUUUAGUGACUCAUCUUUUGGAGAUGUCAUGAAAGCCUGAUAUUAGAUCUCUCAUUUCUGUUUUCCUUAGGGUCAGAUUCACUGUAGAACAGAGUUGCCUCGUGUGGGCACAAGAUGAUUUCAAGCAACACUCAGAGCUAUCAAGUCUAAGUGCAGGGCAAGGACUGCCUCCAGAAGUGUGCUCAGAAGCAGAAAACAAA